CUCCCCCCCCGCAAGCGGGCAAGGAAGGGGCACGAUCGAGGAUGAGAGGCGCGCAAGGGCACCCCAUCCCCGGCGACGCCCCGAAGGCUCCUGGGGCAUUUUCCUUCAGUAAGAAGCACGAAGCGCCCUUUCCUUCGUGUUGGGAGUCCGAAUUUGGUGGCCCUCGUCUUCCCUGGCGGCGGUCCACUCUGCACGUGCCCAGAGGCACCUCCGGCUUGGCUGUCGGUGCGAGGACGCCCUCUGGCUGCGACUGGCGGAGCGGGCAGCGGGCGGUGCCUGCUCUGGCUCCUCCUCCUCUUCCUUUCCUGCCCUUCCCAGCGGCCGCUUCACCCGGCCGUCGCGUCGCUGCCGCCCCUGGUCAGUCUCCGGCUCGGCGGCUGGCGAGGGACCGACGGGGCGGACGAUGAGCGCCCUGCGCGACGUCUCCCUGCAGGACCCGCGGCUCCGCUACGAGCUCGUCCAGCGCAUCGGCUCCGGCACCUACGGCGACGUCUACAAGGCCCGUGACACAGAGAAUGGGGAAUUGGCGGCCAUUAAGAUAGUGAAACUUGAUCCAGGGGAUGACAUUGGAUCCAUUCAGCAAGAAAUCACCACGCUGAGAGACUGUCGCCAUCCCAAUGUCGUGGCCUAUUUUGGCAGCUAUCUCAGGAAUGAACGCCUGUGGAUCUGCAUGGAAUACUGUGGAGGAGGAUCCCUUCAGGAGAUCUACCACACCACCGGCCCCCUCUCGGAAAAGCAAAUUGCCUACGUCUGCCGGGAGACCCUCCAGGGCCUCCACCAUCUACACACCAAAGGGAAAAUGCACCGGGACAUUAAGGGGGCCAACAUCCUGCUUACAGCCAACGGUGACGUGAAACUCGCGGAUUUUGGCGUCUCUGCGGAGCUGACAGCAUCUGUGGCGAAACGGAAAUCCUUCAUUGGGACUCCCUAUUGGAUGGCGCCAGAGGUGGCUGCGGUAGAGAAGAAAGGGGGCUACAAUCACCUGUGUGACAUCUGGGCACUUGGCAUCACGGCCAUAGAAUUGGCAGAGCUGCAGCCGCCUCUUUUUGAUCUGCACCCCAUGAGGGCCUUGAUGCUGAUGUCAAAAAGCAACUUCCAGUCCCCCAAGCUAAAAGACAAGGCUCGUUGGUCCACAGAUUUUCACCAUUUCCUCAAGCUCUCCUUGACCAAGAACCCCAAGAAGCGUCCGGUGGCAGAGAAACUCCUGCAGCACCCUUUCGUUUGCCAGCCUCUGGCUCGUAUCUUAGCCAUCGAGCUACUGGACAAAGCCAUGAAUCCUGAUUUGGCAGCUGCUGCCCUGGAUGAUGGAGAUUUUGAGGCUUACGAAGUUUUUCCUGACAAAAUCCGUUCACACAGACAACAUGGGCAAGUUGAAGGCACCUUCGCAGAGAUCCAGCUUAAUCAGGUUAAAUUUGGGCCUCCACUGAGGAAAGAAACAGAGCCAUGGUGCAGUCUGAAGGAGGAGGAGGAGAACUGGAUGGUUUUAGGAGAUGGAGAGAGUCUCCUUCAGUCGGUGGAAGAAGCGCUGGAGGAGAGGAGCCUAACGAUUCGCCCAGCAGGCCCCACUGAGCAAGCCCAUGACGAGCAGCAGCCCAGCGGCACCAGCGAGGGUGACGCGGGCACCAUCAAGAGGGGGCCCUUGUGGGAUUUUCUGAAUCUGGAGCUGGCAUAUAAGGCGCCCUGGGAGCAGGAAGAGGGCCUCGAGUCCCCCGGCUCGGAGUGUCAUAGAAGCCAGAGCCUGCCAGGCAGCGCAGAGCCGGGCAGCACUGCAGAUGCCACAGGGGCUGGCUCCCCCAAACCUGUGGACUCGCUCCUCUCUACAGAGUGGGCCACCAUGAAGAGGAAAGAAGAGGCUACCAGGCUUCUAUGUCAUGGGUUGCCCCCCACCCCAAAAGUCCACAUGGGGGCCUGUUUCUCCAAAGUCUUCAAUGGCUGUCCGCUGAAAAUCAAUUCGGCUGCAACAUGGAUCCACCCAGAAACACGAGAUCUCUACCUGGUGGUGGGCGCUGAAGAAGGCAUUUACACUCUCAACCUCCAUGAACUCCACGAGGAUACAAUGGAAAAGCUCCUUCCGCACAGAUGCUCUUGGCUCUAUUGUAUGAAUAAUGUGCUGCUGACCUUAUCUGGGAAGUCUUCCCAGGUCUCCUCCCACAACCUUUGGGGUCUCUUUGAGCAAUGGCGUCAGCAGCAGAAGCGUCAGGUGCCCCUCUCCAUCGCCACCAGCCGGCUGACGGAGCGGAUCAACCCCAGGAAGUUUGCCCUGUCAGCCAAGAUAGCGGACACCAAAGGAUGCUUGAAGUGCCGUGUAGUGCGAAAUCCCUACUCUGGGAGCACGUUCCUCUGUGCUGCGCUGCCCUCCAGCCUGGCCCUCCUGCAGUGGUACGAGCCCUUGCAGAAGUUCAUGCUGCUGAAGCAUGUCUCUGUGGUGCUGCCUGCCCCGCUGACCCUCUUUGAGCUGCUGGUGGUGGAGACAGAGGAGUACCCGCAGGUGUGCUUGGGAGUCACUGGCAGCGAUCAGCCGGGCGCAGAGCUGCAUUUCAGCACCCUCUCCCUCAGCACUGGCCUCAGCACCUCAAGCCCUUCCGGUCGGCCCCUCGUCAUGGCCAGUCACGUCACUCAGAUGGACCGAGACACCGUCCUGGUGUGCUUUGAGCGUUGUGUGCGGGUCGUGAACCUCCGUGGCGCUCCUCAGGGAGCCCUCGCUCCUGAACUGACAUUCAACUUCCCUAUCGAGACGAUUGUGUGCCUUCAAGACAGCGUCCUGGCCUUCUGGAAACAUGGCAUGCAGGGCCGAAGCCUUGAAUCCAGUGAGGUGACACAGGAGGUCACAGAUGAAUCCAGAGUGUUCCAGGUCUUAGGAGCCCACAGCUCCCCCACCUGCCCACCCCUAGCCAAAAGUGGAGGGGAAGACAUGACGUUAUACUCUCUUGCCAGAGAGGAGUGGUCAGCCUUUUUUCAGGGCUUCCCAUCCUUAUCCAAUCCAAGGGGCUGGGGCAGCUGCAAGAAAAAUGGAUCCAUCAUGGAGUUGCUUUCCCCAGCCGCAGUUCAAGCAUCGCAGGAGCCCCUCCUGUGGGCCACACCUAGACAUCAUCCUGGAGAGCACCCCCACAGAUAACCCCAUGGCACAGAGCAACCUCUACAUCCUGACGGGUCACGAGAGCAGCUGCUGAUCUCCUCCUUCCAGAGUCUCCGGCCUCUGGGAGGUCUUCAGCCUUGGGGUGGGCCGUUGCGGGAGAUGGAUGCCUGUGAGCCGUGCCUGCCGACUGCUGAGGAAGUGUCAGCAGGGGUGUGUGGAAGGCAUAAGGGCCUUCCACUACUGCUGCCACAUGCGCUGAACAUAAUAACCCUGGUUUGGCUCCAGAUGUGUUCUUCAUCCAUCCUUCUAGUCUUCCUGAGAUACUGGGAGGAACCCUUUCCCUCCUGAAUUGGGCCAGCAUCUCCUGAGAUACUUCUGCAAUAAUUUAACUGCUAGCCAUUUGGAAGGAUUUGCCAUCUUUCCUGGCUGACACCUUGUGCCUCCUUUGAAUGCUUCCCAUACUCCCCUUUUUUCCUUCUCCUUAGAAGUCAUCUGCAAUGACAAUGUGUGGGUGCAGUGAUCUACUGCAGCUGCCAUGUGAAGACAAUCAUUGGGGAAGUGCACCCCUUUCUUCGCACUUAAGCUUUAAUUUAAAGGUCUUUCAGGGCACUUUGAGAUUCUGGCCUGUCCCCGUUGAAGGGGGCCCAGGGCAACGCUUAUUCUGUGGCUGCACGACUGAGUCGAGAAAUGCCAAAGAUGGGCAAAACUGAAUGAUGAUAGAGCUGCAGGGUCUGUUAUGUUCGGCCUGUUGGGGUGGGGCGGUGAGGCGAAACGCUUGUUGAUUGACAAGGUGAGAAGAAUGGCCGUGUCCAGCAUUCAGGUGGCUGGGGGGGCAGACAGAAUAGUGGCUUUGGUGGUGCCUGGGCCUAUCACCCCACAGAGCACCUCGGUUUAAGGCAUCAAGUGCGCCAGGCUGCUAAUCCCAACUGAGGACUGUGGAAGAGGCCAAGGACUCCCUACAGGAAUUAUUAUCGGCACUUUUGCAAAACUGCCAUUCCCAGGGUUUUGGUUUUUUUUGAGAGAAUGCAACUUAAUCCACUUUUGAGACAGUUUACAUUUUGGGACCAAACUAGACAAUACAUUAAAUGUGUUUGCAUUUAGAGAUGGCCUAUUUUUAAGAGGGGGCCCUCAGUUUUCUCUCAGGCAUGUUAGGGCUUCCUCUCUGGUUGAUGUCAGGAUUGGGACUGUAGCAUGCAAGGAGAAGCGGGGAUUAAAUCUUUUGUCCUGCAUCACAGUCCUGAUGAAAAUGGUCCCCACCCCCUGAAAUUGUUAUUCCCACAAGGAGGAGCAUCAACAGCAGUUUCCCUCCCAGGGUGAAAAGAGCUGCUGGGAGUGAUGUUGAUGGCAAUUUGUUUUGUCAGGAUUGGGGUGAGGUGAAGGACCCUGAUCCUCAGCAGGUCAUUUUAAAGGGCUAAAUAAAACCCCUGAUGCAUUUUAAAUGCUGUAGCACAUUUAACGUAUUGUCUUGUUUUGGCUCCUCAGUAGCAUAAAUGUCCACCCUCAGGCAGGUUUAGGUAGGAGCCUCAGCUGGGUCACCAUAAGUGCCUGGCUGGGAUGCCGCUUGUGCCCACCCUGCACCCUGCAAUGUGUUGUUUGAAUGCCUACUGACUGGUCUGCUGGGUCAGAGGCAGGGACUGCUUGCCCUCUGUGCAGCUAGCCUUGGGGGAGCGCAAGGGAGGAGUCCAGAGUUGCUUCAGGUGUGGUUUGUGUGUGGCGUUUGGUCAUUUGGGGCCAUUCUUUGCUGCCUUGGGAGCCCAGAACAGGCUCCCGGUCAGAAUCUCAGCCUUGGACCAUCAGGGCCGACCACAACUUUGCUUAACUUGAAUGCCAAGGACUUUCCUUCCCAGGCUGCUAGCACCUCUCUGGAUUUUAAUCGCUAAAGCUGGAAUUUGUUGUCUGAGAAAAGAAAAUCAAAACUUGAAAAGAAAAUUGCUAUUUAAUGUAAGAGUUUGAUAUUAAAUUGUAUUUUACUCUCCAGUGGAUACAUGAAACAGAUUUGAAUUUGUUAAUUUUUAACCAACUGGAAGCCUUGGGUGAUGUUUUGGGCCAAUCUGGUUCCUUGAAUCCUUGCGGAUUUCCCCCCUUUCCUUUCCUGCUCUGCUGGCGCGAUGCCGCCACCUCUGAACUAGCUAAGAAACUGGGAAGGCCAAAACUGGGGGACAAGUGAAAACAGAGGGACCCGAUUUCUUUCAUUUAUUUAUUUAUUGAAUUUAUUAGUCGCCCAUCUGGCUGGUUAUCCAGCCACCCUUCUGGAUUUCUGUGUGUGUGUUUCUUUGGGAACUCCAUGGGGUGGUCUCAUAGGUGUAGCUAUUGCCCUUCCAUUUUGUUCCAUUCCUGUAAUCCUGUGACUGGGGUAAGCCUUCAGGCUUCGUUCUUACCCCUUAGAGAAGCAUUCUCCCCUACAAAGAGGACAUUACAUUAUUUGGACUCCUUGCCUCUUCCGGACAUAGGUUGUGAUGGUGAUGUUCUCCCUCCCUCCCUCCUCAUUUGAGUCACAAAAGCUUAACCCAGCUUGAUGAUGCCAAGAAUGUGUGGUGAAACUCAAUGAUGCCAAGAAUAUGUCAUUGCAUUUAAAGGUCUGUUUCUAAGGGGGAACCUUAGAUACAUUAAAUGCAGUCACUUUGUUUAAUGAAUCGCAGUCUCCAGCAGGAUCAGAUGCUCCAGCUUGCUUGGUCUGUCCAGACUCUGCCCGCACAGGGAUGGAGCUGUAAGUACACAAAGGACUGGCCAGAGCCAGGGCAGAUGAGUUCACGUCCAUGCCUUGCACUUGGCAGCUGCCUGGCCCUCCUCUCUCAGGGAUUCCCAGUGCACAUGCAUGCCUGUCACACGGGGAGGAAUGCGCCUCGCCUCCCCACACCACAGUCUCAGCCCCCACUUCUUGCACAAGCCAGAAUGGGACGCCGUGAUGUUCCUGUAAGUUAGCAUCUGUAAAUAUGGUAAGUGCGGGUCUAUUGGGUGAUGUAUGGUAAUUGACUGAGAGAGAAAGGGGGAGUGCAUGGGUGAGAAGCUGAAGUGUGCUGGAUGAUGAUUGGCUGAGUGGCUGGCUGGCUGAAGGUAUAAAUGGAGGUUUGUGAGUGAUGAAUGGGGGUCGGUUGGAAGGUGGGAGAGAGUCAGUUAGAGAGAGGUUGUUGAGUUGGUUGGCAGAGUUCUGAGGGAAGUUUGGAUUGGAUUUGGCUGAUAUUUAAAGAGGAUAUAUAUGAACAGAAACAUAAAGAGUAACCAUAUAUAUGAAACCAUACGCUUGUGAAACAUUC